ACAAAUACAGUCGAAAUCAUAUGCCAAGAAUUAACCAAUUGCUUUUACUGUUUACAUCAAGCUAGUAGGAGCUUACAGGUCCGAUACAGUAAUGCCUCUUCAUUGUAUUUAUCAAGCUUUAUCAAUUUCUUCUUGUUCACAGCCUUAGAUCCUGCUGGAUCUCUUUUUAGGAAAAAUGACCUCCGGUUUCGUUUGGACCCAGGUGACGCCGCGUAUGUCGACGUUAUACAUACCAGUCUGCUGGGCAUCGGAAAAAGCCAAACGAACGGGCACACGGAGUUUAUCCCAAAUGGUGGCAAGAAACAAAACGGUUGCAGCAUACUAAACUUAUCCUGUAGCCACAGAAGAGCUUAUGAAUUCUACAUCGCCUCGGUACAAAACCUUUGUUCCUGGAAAGCAUAUCCAUGCAGAAGCUUCUCUGACUUUGAAGACGGAAAGUGCAAAACGUGUAAUGGCGCAUGCCCAACUAUGGGGUAUGGUGCUGACCUCACCAAACGCGUUGGUUAUUUUUUUCUGAGAACAAACAGUGCACUUCCAUUCUGUGGUGAGUAUAUUUAACAAUUA